AUGGAGCCGGAAGAGAGUAAGAUAUCAGUGUGGGUCUGCCGAGAGGAGAAGCUCGUCUUCGGCUUGUCAAAGCGCACAACCUGCGCUGAUGUUGUCAAAGUGCUUCUGGAGGACCAGAACUCUCAACACGGCCUCUCCACAGCUGCAUGCCCGCAGUCUUACUGCAUCGUGGAGAAAUGGAGAGGUUUCGAGAGGAUUUUACCGAACAAAACAAAGAUUUUCCGGCUUUGGUUCGCGUGGGGAGAGGAGCAGGGGAAUGUGAAGUUCGUGCUGGUGAAGAACGAGGCAUCGUUGGCGAACCACGGAGCCCGGAGCGCAGAGGCGCGCGUGGUGCUCAGCAAACAGAGCCCCUGUGGCGCGAAGGGCACCUCGCGGUCUCCCAUGGGUGGCAUCCCGCCUGAGAAACAGCGUCGGGUCGUCAGGAAAGCGUUCAGAAAGUUGGAGAAGAUCAACAACAAGAGGGCGCAGAGAGACGCGUCAUCUGCGGAAAAGAUGGAAACUUUGGUCCAUGUUGUGAUUUCUCAGGAUCAUACGAUCCGCCAGCAGGUCCAGAGGAUCACUGAGCUGGACUCAGACAUCGACAGGUGCGAGGCAACGGUGCAUUUUGACAGAAUUAAGAGACAUGGAGUUAACUAUGUGCAGGACACGUAUUUAGUGGAUGGUGCUGAGACAAAGGGAGACAGAGUGUGUUCAGCUGAGACUCUGGCCAAGUUUGAAGAGUAUGUCCUGAAUUGUGAGGAGGUGGUGAGACUACAAGAGGAGCUGUGGGAGCAGGAAGCCCUGAUAGACAUCUACACGGUGCAGAUGCAGGAGGAGCUGAACCACAGCUGGAUGCAGAGGAGGACAGAGGAGCUGCAGAGCAAAGACACACCGUCCGUCCCCAGCUCCGAGGCUCUCACAGCACCAGAGAACGAGCUGCUUUUGGAAGAGGAGAGGAUCAGAACACAGCUAGAUGUGAGUUCAUACAUUGGUAUGCGCCUCAACACGGAUUUAGAAGCUAUUAGGAGCGAUUUAGAUUUGACCCAGGAGAUUUGCGGGGCGAGGGAGAAGGAGAUGAGGGAUUUGCUGGAGAAAGUGAACACUUUGGGCAUAGAGGCAGGGACGGGCAGUGAGGAUGGGUGCAGCAGCCUUGGGACAGAAGAUAAGAUGGGGAUGAUGAGCAAAAACGAGUGGGUGGAGCAGGCCAGGGGUCUGUCCAAAUCUCACAGUGGGAACGACGACGACUCGGACACUGGCUUAAGUUCCCUGCACAGUCAGGACUCAGACAUCCACCCAGUGUGGGAGUCACUGGUUUAGGGUGUACCAUGAUGGACAGGCUGUUUUCAACUAGAAUCAAAAGGACUUUCUAGAGUCUCAGGGAUCCUAUUGACUUUUCUAAACAUGGAUGACAACUGAGAUUUUCAUAUAGUGUUUUUAAAAGAAACUGUUCAUAUGGCAACUCACAUAUCCCUAUAUUUUUUUAACAUCUUGUGAAGAACUACAA